GCUCCCUGGCAGAAACACUCCUCGCCCAGUUUCAUCGACCCCCUCUGCCCUAUCCAUCGAGACGCUGCACGCUCUCACAACAAUGUCGCUCCCCGGCGCCAACUCCUUGGCCGUGCUCCUCCUCCUCGUCCUCUCCACAUGGCCGACGUGCCCCGCCGCCCACAACAUCACGGCCAUCCUCGCGGCGCGCCAUGACAUGGCCGAGUUCAGCCGCCUGCUCACGUCCACGGGCCUCGCGGACGACAUCAACGAGCGCAAUACCAUCACGGUCCUCGCCGUGGACGACGCCGGCAUGGCGGCGCUGAGAGCGCGGCACCUCCCGCGGGAGGCGCUCCGGCACGUGCUCUCCCUCCACGUCCUCGUCGACUACUACGACCGCGCCAAGCUGCACCGCCUCCCCGGCGGCUCCGCGGACGUGUCCACCCUGUUCCAGGCCUCCGGGGACGCGCCCGGGAGCGCCGGCAUGGUGGAAAUCUCCGAGCGCCGCGGCGGGAGCGUGGCCUUCGUGCCCCAGGAGGACGGCGACCACGACGCGCACGCGCCCGCCGUGCUCUUCGUCAGGUCCGUGCACGAGGCGCCCUACAACAUCUCCGUGCUGCAGGUGGGCGCCGUCAUGUCGUCACCCGCCGCCGAGGCCCCCUCGUCGCCCGAGUCCUCACCAAGGCACAGGGCUACCGACGUGGCGCACAAGAACGGCACGCGGCCAGGCGAUGAUGCCGCUGCUGACGCGCCUUCGCGGGGUGGGGAUGGAGAAGGAGAAGGAGAUCGCGCGGACGGAGGAGGAGAUCGUGCGAAGAAGAAUGGUGCGAUCGGCACGGCUCCGGGCUGGCUAUCCUUCGCUUGGGCGUUCCUGCUGGCGAUCAAGAUUAUCGUGGUGCUCGUUUGAAGGUUAUAUACAUUGCGACUGUUUGUUGUGAAUUGCUGUGUUUGAGUUCCUCGGUCUUGUUCUUUGUCAGACUGUCAGUAGUAUUGGGGAUUCAGUGAGUGCUUUGGUUAGCUAGGGUGUUGGUGCAUUGGAUAGUCCUUAUAAUUUCAUUAUAUUCUCAAGAGAGGUUUGCAGGUCAGUUUCAUGAUUCA